GAACAUCGCCAGUCGUUAACUGUGUUUAGAUGAGUGGGAAGGCUCUUGUGUACCCUAAAAUUGCUGUACUGGGAUUACAUCGAAGUAAUCUAACCAUCUUCUUCGUUUCCGUUCCCACUCCUUCACACAGAAGUCCCGCUAUCUCUGCCCUUCUUCCGAGGUUUUAGCUUGGGGAGCUGAACGGGGUCUUCGACUUUUACACUGCAGUAACUCUUGCUGCUGCCCCUGCGCUCCGAGACAGCAGAGAAUGGCGGAGGAGGCACUAGAAACCGAGACACCUAAGAAGGAUACGAAGGCGGAUGCUCGUGACAUCGAGUCGCAGAUUCAGACUGCUAUGUGCUCUCGCGUUGCUCACUUCAAGGAACAAGCCGAUUCUCUGACGUUUGAGGGGGUUCGUAGAUUGCUUGAGAAAGAUCUGGGGUUGGAGCCAUAUGCAUUAGACGUGCAUAAGAGAUUUGUCAAGCAAUGCUUGCUGAAGAGCUUAGAAGGGGUUGGAGAUGAUAAAGGUCCAAAGAUAUCUGGGGAUACAGGGGAAAAAGGUGCAAGUACACAGGAGAAAGAAGGAUCAACUGAAGAAAUCCAUUCAAAAAAGGAUGUAAAGAAUCUUUGUCCUGAUGAUGAAGAUAAAAUGGAAGAUUCUCCAGUAUUAGGUCUUCUACAUGAAGAAAAAUCAGUUAAACUUGAAACUGAGGAAGCUGAAGGCAAUGGCAAAAACGCAAUUCCAAGUGAGACCAUGAUUAAGAAAGCCAUUAGAAAAAGAUCUUCUUAUGUUAAAGCCAAUUCAGAGAAAGUCACAAUGGCUGGUCUUCGUCGACUGUUGGAGGAAGAUCUGAAACUUGAGAAAUUUUCUCUCGAUCCCUAUAAGAAACUUAUAAGCCAGCAGCUAGAGGAAGUGUUAAAAUCUUGUCAAGUUUCAAAGCCUACAAACAGUGCCAAGAAAAUUGUUAAGAAAAAACCUGACGCCAAAGCAACUAAAAAGGUCAGUAGUGAAGAGAGCUCUGAUGCCUCAGAUCAGCAUGCUGAAGAGGACCAGGAACAGGAAAAUGAAAUUAAACCUAUAAAAAGAAGUAUUCCAAAAGGGAAGUUGUGGAACUCCCUUGAACCUAGAAAGCGGAGACGAUCCGCAGAGGAGACUGAAUUGUCUUCUAAGAAAAGGAUCAAGUCAGCUAAAAAAGCCUCAGAGGACAGCAGAGAUUCAGAAGAUCCUGGAAAAGACUCUGAAGAUGAUCAGUCCCAAUCAUCACCAGAGAAAAUUACAAAGAAGAAAGAAGUUUCAACCCCUGCGUAUGGUAAACAAGUGGAGCACCUAAAAUCUGUUAUUAAAGCUUGUGGAAUGAGUGUUCCGCCUGUUAUCUACAGAAGAGUCAAACAGGUUCCUGAAACUAAGCGGGAAGCCCAGCUGAUAAAGGAGUUGGAAGAAAUACUGUCUAGAGAAGGAUUGUCUUCAAAUCCAUCUGAAAAAGAAAUUAAGGAAGUGAAAAGGAAGAAGGAAAGAGCAAAGGAACUUGAGGGUAUUGAUGUGAGCAAUAUCGUGUCAAGUUCACGGCGACGAUCAACUAGUUUUGCUAUUCCUCAGAAGGCCAAAGAACCAGUUGAAACAAAAACCAAUGGUGAUGAUGUUGAGAAUGGUGAUGAUGUUGAGAAUAGUGAUGAUGAAAGCAAUGAUGACGAAGAGGAUGAAGAAGAUGAGGAAGAAGAGAACAGUGGUGAUGAUGAUGGAAGUCAGAGUGAGGAGCUUAACGAGGAUGAAGAGGACAGCGAAUAAAUCGUGCAAUUGCUGACACGUGAAAGGUCGAUUGCGGGGUAUGAAAGGCGAUUUCCCCGCUGCAAGUUAGAGGUGAUGGUGUAUAAUGUAAUUAAAUACCCCUUUGCUUCCUGUGGAAAUGGACGAUAGUUGUUUGAUGUUGUAGACUAGUGACUUCAGUUGUUCGAGUGGUUGGGAGAGGCGCUCAGUUUCUCCCGUGAUCCGUUUGUAGGAACGAACUUAUUGACAGUGAGGUUCAUUUUUUCUCUCUAUUUUUUAGGUAAA